CCCGCGCAGCCCCGCCGCCGGCGGAGUUACGGAGCCGGGAGUUUGCCACAACUCCGCGGCCUCCUCUGCGGGGCCGCCGGUGCGGGGCCGCAGCCUUCCCCGCCUCCUCCCUCUCCUCCUCCUCCUCCUCUUCUUCCUCCGCCCCUUGGGCUUUUUUUUUUUUUUCCUCCUUUUUUUUUUUUUUUUUCCCUCCCCCCUCCCUCUCCCCCUUUCGCUUUGAUUUCGCUCUCCUCCUCCCCUCUGCGCGCCCUGUGCCUGUGUGUUUUUUCGCCGCCGAUCUCCACCAAGCCCCUUGGCAUGAGUUAAGCACCAGCUAUGGACACCAAACACUUCCUGCCACUGGAUUUCUCCAACCAAGUCAAUUCCACGUCCCUGAACUCUCCCACGAGCCGGGGGCCCAUGGCCACCCCAUCCCUCCACCCGUCCAUCGGGCCGGGCAUCGGCUCCUCGCUGGGCUCCCCGGGCCAGCUCCACUCGCCCAUCAGCACCCUGAGCUCGCCCAUCAAUGGCAUGGGACCUCCAUUCUCCGUCAUCAGCUCCCCCAUGGGCCCACACUCGAUGUCCGUCCCCUCCACCCCCAGCCUGGGGUUCGGCACCAGCAGCCCGCAGCUCAACUCGCCCAUGAACCCCGUCAGCAGCUCAGAGGACAUUAAGCCACCCCUGGGGCUCAACGGAGUCCUCAAAGUGCCAGCACAUCCCUCAGGAACGAUGGCCUCCUUCACCAAGCACAUAUGUGCCAUCUGCGGGGACAGAUCUUCAGGUAAACAUUACGGGGUUUACAGCUGCGAGGGCUGCAAAGGCUUCUUCAAGCGCACGGUGCGGAAGGACCUCACCUACACCUGCCGCGACAACAAGGACUGCUUGAUCGACAAGCGCCAGCGCAACCGCUGCCAGUACUGCCGCUAUCAGAAGUGUCUUGCGAUGGGGAUGAAGCGAGAAGCCGUCCAGGAGGAGAGGCAGCGGGGGAAGGACCGCAACGAGAACGAGGUGGAGUCAACAAGUAGCGCCAACGAGGACAUGCCCGUGGAAAAGAUCUUGGAAGCUGAACUCGCGGUGGAGCCAAAGACAGAGACGUACAUUGAAGCGAAUAUGGGCUUGACGCCGAGCUCGCCCAAUGACCCGGUGACGAACAUAUGCCAGGCAGCAGACAAACAGCUCUUCACCCUGGUGGAGUGGGCCAAGAGGAUCCCCCACUUCUCCGAGCUGCCCCUGGACGACCAGGUCAUCUUGCUCCGAGCAGGGUGGAAUGAGCUCCUAAUCGCCUCCUUCUCCCACCGCUCCAUAGCCGUGAAAGACGGGAUCCUCUUAGCCACCGGGCUCCACGUGCACCGGAACAGCGCGCACAGUGCUGGCGUCGGGGCCAUCUUCGACAGAGUACUGACAGAACUCGUGUCAAAAAUGCGGGACAUGCAGAUGGACAAGACAGAGCUAGGCUGCCUGCGAGCCAUUGUCCUCUUCAACCCCGACUCGAAAGGUCUCUCCAACCCGGCUGAGGUGGAGGCGUUACGGGAGAAGGUGUACGCGUCGCUAGAGGCGUACUGCAAACACAAAUACCCCGACCAGCCCGGGAGGUUCGCAAAGCUCCUGCUCCGUCUCCCAGCCCUCCGGUCCAUCGGCCUGAAAUGCCUGGAGCACCUCUUCUUCUUCAAGCUAAUAGGCGACACGCCGAUCGACACCUUCUUGAUGGAAAUGCUGGAAGCGCCCCAUCAAAUGACUUAGAGAACUGCUGCUGGGUCAGUCCCUCGCCCGGCUGGGGUCUCGUGGGGCCCCUUCCUCCGCUUUCCUCCGCCGCCGCCCCAGCCCGUCCCUCCCUCCUCUCCCCAGCGCUGGAGGCACCGUCUGACCCGGGGCGAGCCCCUGCCGUCCUCGCCUCCUCGUUGCCUUCACCCUUGUCCGUUUUGCUGUCACUGCUGCGUCUCAAGACCUGCUCGCUGGUUCCCUGCGCUAGAUGUAGAGAAGUGGGAGCGGAGAGAGCUUGCCACCCGCCGCCCUGGCUCGCACACCUGUCCCGGCCCCCCUGCCGUGCCAUGAGUUUCGGGAUGAGCCGCCGGACGAGCUUGGCAUCACCCCACGUGCGUGAUUUCCACAGGGCAGGAGCGGGGCCGGGGCCAGUCCCAGCCCUUGGGGCAGCGGGGUUUGGACAAGCCGAGGGGAGUGGUUGAACUCACCGGAUUGCAGCUGGCUAUUUUCAGGGGAUGGAGUUUUUGAAAAAGAGAAGAGAAGAAAGAAAAAAAAAAAAAGGAAAAAAAAAAAAAAGAAUUCUAUUUUUGGUUCCUAACUAUUAUUAGUAGUCUCGGUAGUUACUUCGCGGAGGGAGAGGCGGGCUGGAGAGGCGGCCCGGCCCAUGCCCCGCAAAUGAGUCACCCGUGGCUGCGCAGAGCCUUCUCCUUUCGAUGAAAAGCAGAGGAUUUGGGAUCGAGCUUUGUCCCCCCCUUCAAAUAACGAGGCAGCCGGUGGCAUGGGGGGGCCGGGGUGCCCUCUCUUCCUCUGUGCAGAGGGUCCCGCUGGCGGCAGCACCUGAAAAAUCCCCUCUUGCCAUCCUGGAGAGCAGCCGGGCAUCGCCGCUCUUCCCAAAGAUGCCUCUGCGCUCGGUGCGGAGCUGCCCACGCGGACAGGAGCCGGCUGGAGCGCUUGCUUUAAGGCUGCCAGGGACUCAACGUCAUCCAUCCCCAAGCUCCUGGGGUCUUGCCGGACCCCUGCCCUCAGCCCUGUGCCCAGCAACCCGGCACGGCCCCACUGGCGAGGCUGGGUCCCGCCGGUCCUGCCAGACCCACACUUUAUUUCGAGGGCUGAGGCAUUGGAGCGGCGGGAGAUGUCGUGCUGCCAAUGGCUCCUUCUCAGUUUUGUGGUCCUGACCUGGUUCGGUGAGGUUGGAGGGGCAUUUCCAGCUGGUGGGGUGGGCUUGGCGAAACACCCGCUCCGUGCCCGUGUUGCGGGUUCGCAGCAGCCCUGGGUACCGCAGGAUUGUCCCCAUGGCCACCAGCGCCCGAGCCCUAGCCUCACGCGGGGGUUUCGGCUCGCCCAAGAGGCUGCUCCUGUUGAUUCAGCAGCUGCCGUGCAAAACACUGCAAGGCAACAAUUAGUGGGAGUGCUUGGCCGGGCUGGUAAUUGGGGCUGUUAAUUAGUGGUGAAGCAAAAAGAGGGCUCCCCCUCCCCUGAAUGUCCUCCAUUGGGCAGGGAUGCGGGGGUGAAAGGUGGGGGACGUGGGCAGUGCGCCCAUCCCCAGCCCAUCUGGGUUGCCGGGAGCACCAAAAGCACCUUGGCUUUUGCACGGUCCUUCCCUUGAGCCUUGGUGUGACAGCAGGGAGGUGGACAGGACUUGGGGCAUUAGGGACACGGUCCCAGGAACGUGCCCACACCCCACGGGGAGCGUUUCCCCUUCACCUCCCCAUUUCACCUCAUCAGGUAUCUCCAGAGCCCCACCGAAAAAACGAGUUAGAGGAAAAAAAAAGAGCAGAGCAAGCAGUGAGGGAUGUUGGGGAGGGUUUUGUCCCCCCUUGGCAGGACGGACUGUCCCGAAGGCACCGUGGGGUGGGUGCUCAGAGCCAAGAAUGAGGUGCCUGCGCUUGGCCGGGGGCCAAGGCUUCCCCACCGCUUUCGUGUCUUCUCUGCUUUAAAAACAGGCAAAGUAUUAGGUCCCAAAGGUAUCUCUUUCUCUUCUUUCUCCCUGUGGGUUGUUGCUGGCUCUUCAGACAUCUCCUUUAUGCCUGGAGGGGGAUGGAGCAGUGCCCACCAGCUCUGGUUUUUGAGGGGACACAGUUGUCACCUGCCUGUCGUCAUCCUGCCUGGCAGCUCAAGUCCCCGGCUCCAUCCUCUGCAGUUAACCAGGCCAUCUCAUUGCUAAAUAAAUACUCAGGAUUUCAGGUCGUAACUUUCCCUUAGGCUGGCCCGAAGUGGCAAAUCCACAGAGGCGGGGAAAGUGUUUUGGCUGUGUUUCUCCAGCAGCCUGCAUGCCGCCGAAAAUAUUAUUAAACAGCUUCACCCUGCAAGAAUUUGCCAAGAAAACUAGGCAAGAGAAAUGAAAUAUGUAAAGGGUGCCAGUAAACACGAGCAGGCUGUUCCUUGCCAGCGUAAGGCUGCCGCAGCCCCGCGGGGGGCUUGCAGGGAGGUGUUAGCCCCCAGCCAGCCGGCACGGAGCUCAGCCCCGAGCCAAACCAGCCCCCGGCAGCCCCCGGCCCGGAAAGGAGCUUGGAGAUCGCUUUCUGGAGAGAAUGAGGGUGCUUUGUGAAAGAGUUGGUGGAUACUGCACUAGAAUAAGCCCGCUGUACUUCUCCAUUGGGUGGAACCACUGUUUUCCUGAUUGAUGGCUUGGAAGGGGCUGUUUGGUGCUGGGUGCUGAGCUGUCGGUGGCUUGUGAGUGCCCAUCCCAGCCCUGGGCACUGCCAGGCUGCUGAGCAGGAGCACCCAUCGCAUCCCAUGUCGUGCCAUGCCAUGCCACGCCACGCCACGCCAUGUCAUGCCAUGCCAUGCAAUGCCACCCCAUCCCAUGUCAUGUCAUGCCGUGCCCUCCCAUGUCAUGCCAUGCCAUGCAAUGCCAUCCCACCUCAUGUCAUGCCAUGCCACGCCAUGUUAUGUCCUGCCAUGCCAUGCAAUGCCACCCUAUCCCAUGUCAUGCCAUGCCAUCCCAUGUCAUGCCAUGCCAUGCCAUCCCAUGUUACGCCAUCCAAUCCAAAUCCCAUGCCAUGCCAUCCCAUCUCGUCCCAUCCCAUCCCAUCUCAUCCCAUCCCAUCCCAUGUCAUGCCAUGCCAUCCAAUCCCAUGCCAUGCCAUCCCAUCCCAGUCAGCAUUUGACCUGAUGGAAUGCCAUGACCAAGGGGGUGUCCUCAACAAGUAGCGUGGUGCAAAGGGGAAGGCUCUGCAGGCCGGGGGCUCUCGGUCAGGAUGCGUGUCUCCAUGCCUCAGUUUCCCUGCUGGAGCAGUGUGUGGCCUCAAUUCAUGUCCCAAGCUGAGGAAGGUUUUGGGGAAAGGCUGAGCGUUGUCCUGGGUUUUCUGUUCUCAGCCGGUGUCGAGGGAUCGCCCACAUUGCUGUAACUCAACAUGGCUCUCUUGCUUUUGGUAGAGCUCUUGUGACUUCCCUGGCAGCCACACCAGGCAUUUUGGGUUGUCAGCGGGUCCUGAAUGUGUGACCAACCCCCAGAGCCAGGACCCCAGCCCAGCCCACGCCUCCCCCCACCCCCAGCCCAGCCCUCCCCAUCAGAAGGAAAAGCUUUUGUGCAUCCGGCAACAUCUGCCACAGCAGCCUUAAAGCAACGUGCUUUUGCAUGAGUUUGAGUCUUUCAUUUGUAUUCUUUUUCACUUUUGGCUUUUUUUUUUUUUUUUUGUCCUCAUCAUAAUAAUUAUAAAUAUACUACAUGCUUGUUUGAAGAGAUGAUACGUGGGUAAAAGAAAAAAAAAGGCACAUUAUUCUCUAGAGAGGUAGGACUUUCAUUUAACCAGAUCCUAGUACUCUUGCAAAAAUCUGGUUUGAUUAGGGUGAUCUAUUUUUUAAUUAAUUUUUUUUUUUUUAAAUUCCAUUUUGUUGGUGGGACAAUCUUUAAUUUUCUAAAGAUAGCACAAACAUCAGCUUUUCAGCCACCCGCCUGCCGCCCUGGAUGUUCCUCGCUGCCUUCUUGCAUGUGCGCGUUUCAACCGAGCCCUAACCCGAACCGAGCCCAAUCCAGCACGGACCCCCCCCACUCCGUGAGGAUGCAGAGCCUUCCUGAGCAUCCAUCGGCACCCAAGGGCUGAGCGCCGCCGCCGGGUGGGACCCGCGGGGUGGAGUUACGGGCAAAGGACCAUCAUCUCCCCAGCACCCAUGGGUGGAAGAAGCCCACGCCGACCCCACCGAGCUCACCAGCAGCUUCUCUGCACUUUGGACCCUCCCCGUCCUGGCUGUGUCCCCCCCCCAGCCCCCGCCAGCCGUGUCCCCAUGCCCAGCCGUGGCAUCGCUGGCUGCGCUCGGCUCCUGGUCGUAAAAAAGGGUUGGAGAUGGCGGGACCGUGGCUCAAGAGCUGAUGCUGUCCCCAUCAGUGCCGAGCGUGCAUGAGCUGGUUUAAGUUGAUAUGUGCGUGUGUAUACAUGUAUGUACUGUAGAUAUAUACACUGUAUAAAUACCCUCACUCACAUAUACAUAUAUUAUAACCGUAGCAAUUACAGACUUUUUGUGGGUUGUUUUUUUUUUUUGUUUAAGUCGAUUCUUUUUUCCUUUUUUUUCCUUGCUUUUUUUUUUUUUUUUCCUUUUUGCUUCAUGUAAGCGAGUACAUUGUAUCUGAAGCCCUUUCCGAAUUGGCAGAUGCCAAAUCUGGAUCUUUAUUCCUCGAGACAAAGGAAAUGCAUCUAUUUUAAGAUGCCUUUUUGUUUUGUUUUUGGUUUUUUUGUUGUUGUUGGUUUUUUUUUUUUCCUUUUGAGCAGCAGGUGGUUUUGAGUAAAAAUAGCUUUAGCAGUUCCCAAUACUUAGUGAUGGAUGCCUUGGCUAUGGGAUGCAUAGCUAAAAAAUAAAAUACAUUAAAAUUUAGAAUGACAAAAAAAAAAAGAGAAAAGAUAAGGAAAAAUAUCUAAAGCAUCAAUAAAGUUAAAAUCUAUUUUUGUACAAAUGUAAUUUUAUCCCUUACAUAUUCUUGGAUGUUUUCUUUCUGGAUUGUUUUGUUUCUUCUACAGAGAUUGUUAUAAACUCUCUCUAUUUUUUCUCUCUCUCUCUGUAAAUGUUCAACCGUAGGGACAGGGAUCUGGAGAAGAGGGAGAACCUUUUGACCGUGUUUUAAAGGCUUUAUAUGAAAUCUCUUUUGAAAUAAUUUUUUUGAAUGAACUUUUUAUUUUUUCCCCCACUUCCAAAAUCUUUUUCGGGGGGGGAGGGGGGCAGGGGGUGGGAGGGAGCGGGCUGGUCUGGGGGUGUCUUUUGUCACGUAUAUCCGGCGUUCCCGCAGGUCUGUUUUACUGUGAAAUCACUACCGUAUAUUAUUAUUCACUUAAAAAAAAAAAGGAAAAAAUAAUAAAAAAAAAAGAAUUGCUGCUGGAAACGCCAGUAUUUUGAUGAACAAUUGUAUUAGAAUUGUGAAAAAAAAAAUGAAAAAGAAAAAAAGAAAAAGAAAAAAGGAUAAAAAAAAAAAAGAAAAUAUAUGAGCAUUUUAAAAUAUAA